UGCAAAAGCGAAAGCAGGAAAUUGUUUCAGCAGUGCAGCCCCACAGAAGCUGAGGCUGAGACUGAGUCUGAGGCCUUUCUGCUGGCUCUGCUCAUCGGCCCAUCGACUGACCCAUCGGCCCCACUGCAAUCAGCCCUGCCUGAAAUGCUGAAGCCUGCUCUGGCAGCCCGAGGGGGCUUUUGUUUUGAGAAUUGCCAGAGAAAUGCAUCCUUAGAAUACGCCUUUCCGGGGCUCCGUGUUCCUCAUGCACGCAAGACCGGGACCACCAUCGCGGGCCUGGUGUUCCGAGACGGUGUCAUCCUGGGAGCAGAUACGCGGGCCACUAAUGAUACGGUUGUAGCAGACAAGAACUGUGAGAAGAUUCACUACAUCGCCCCCAAAAUUUACUGCUGUGGGGCUGGAGUAGCCGCGGAUGCCGAGAUGAGCACGCGGAUGGUGGCGUCUAACAUGGAGCUACACGCCUUGUCCACGGGCCGCGAGCCUCGCGUGGCCACAGUCACUCGCAUCCUACGCCAGACGCUCUUCCGGUACCAAGGCCAUGUGGGGGCGUCCCUAAUCGUGGGUGGCAUAGAUUUGAACGGACCGCAGCUGUACAACGUACAUCCCCACGGCUCCUACAGCCGGCUGCCUUUCGUGGCCCUGGGAUCUGGGCAGGACGCAGCCCUGGCAGUACUGGAGGACCGGUUCCAGCCGAACAUGACACUGGAGGCUGCGCAGGGGCUGCUGGUGGAAGCCAUCACCGCAGGGAUCCUGGGAGACCUGGGUUCUGGGGGCAAUGUAGAUGCAUGUGUGAUCACUGCAACAGGCACCAAGCUGCUGCGAGCACUGAGCUCACCUGUAGAGCCCAUGAAAAGGCUUGGUCAUUACCGAUUGACACCUGGAACCACAGCAAUUCUGACUCAGACGGUGCGGCCACUUAACCUGGAGCUCCUGGAGGAAACUGUGCAGGCCAUGGAGGUGGAGUGAAGUCACCUGCGGUUUUAGAGCCCUAAAUGAGUGGAGCCAACCUGGGAAAAUACAAACACCUAAACAGA